GCACAAUCCAAAACCAAAAUCGAAAGCAAUCGAAAGAAAAAGAGAGAGAGAAAUCGAAAAAUUCAUCUCCUAAGUUUUAAGUUUUCGGCGGCGGUUUGUAAGAUAAAAAAAAACUGCGGCGAAGCAAUGGUGUUUCCCGGCGAGGAAGAAGAAGAAGACUACACGACGACGACGGGACACGACAACAGACCGAAGAAGAAGAAACAAACUCUCCACAAUUUCUCGUUCACGGACUUGAAGUGGGGCGUUCAGCGUAAUCUAAGGUGCACGAAGAUCGAAUCCAACGGCGGCUCCGUCGUGGCCGUCGAUCAAAGACUCCGACGGCGAUCCUCGCCUCCCAAUCGGAGUCGAGGAUUGGAGACGGAGAACGACGGCGGAGAGGAAGGGAUCGAGGAGGAGAAGAGGAGCAAGAAAGAAGAGAGGGAGGUUUCUCCGCCGUGGAAUUUGAGGAAGAGGAGAGCGGCGUGCAAGGCUCCGGUUACAGAUUGCGGCGGGAAUCAGAAGAAGGAGGGAGGGUUGAGGAUUGGUGAGGGGGAGAAUGGAGUGAGGAGGGACAAGUUUGUGUCGACGCUGUUGACGAAAGAGGUGGAAGAUGAUUAUGUGAUGAUGGUGGGCCACCGGCCGCCGCGACGGCCCAAGAAACGUCACAGAAACGUUCAGAGACAGAUCAAUUCGUUGUAUCCAGCUUUUUAUUUUGGUGAAGUUACGGAAGAUAUCUACGAUGUACCAGACGCAGCCGAUAAUGGAAAGAAAUGAUGAUGAUGAUGAUGAUGAUGAUGAUGGAUGAAAGUCUUUAUUUUGCUGACUUGUGGAAUGUAUUGAAGUUGGGAGUGUGAUUAGAUCAGAAGAUGCUUUGAGUUUCUCAGUUUUGUUUCUUCAGCUAUUAGUUUUGGUUUUGGCUAAAUAACAUGUACAAAGCAGAUAUGGGUGAAGUUGAGUAGGUUCUUAUGUAAUCACAACAUACUCUUCUCGUCCAAUUAAUCAAUCAGCUAAGAACAGCCAAUAAUAAUAAGAAUCAAUAAAAGGAUGAACAUUUCACCAAAUCUUGCCUUUUUGUGACUAUCUAACCUCAAUAGGAUAAGACUAUUCCUUUGUCUUUCUGCUUAUUGAUUGAUGCGUUCCCUUUAGUUUUUCUGACUAUCCAAAUCCAACCGUGAUUGCCUAUAUAAUUCAUGAUCACUUUGUUACUACCGUGAUUCCAUUUUCGCACACAAAAUGAGUUGCGCGAGAGAGAAAAC